UUGCAUUACGGUAAAAACGACGCCCCCUUGCGCCCAAGCCACGCCUCCUCCGCUCAAUUAACCGUCCAUCCAGGAAAAAUAGAACCGUCACUCCGCAGACUGUUCUCCUGUUGCUGUGACGGACUGAAAACACAAUUGACAGGAGGCGGGAAUCAGUUCACUGUGGAGAGAUCUUCUCAUUAUGUUGCCUCAACACUUGAAGCAGAUCAGAGUUCUAAUGCUUAACGACAAGGAAAACCUGGAGAGGACUUUGUUCAGGCUUGAACAAGGUUUUGAGCUGCAGUUCCGUCUGGGUCCCAGCCUGCAGGGGAGGAGUGUCAUGGUCCACACAAACUACCCUCUAGAAGGACACAAAUUCGAUCGAAACAACUUUCGUGCUUUGGCCUGGAACUACCCCACAGGAAGAGAGGAUGACUCGGAUAAGUACUGCUCUCUGGAGCUCCAGACAGCCGGGUCCUACCAGUACUACUUUGGACAUGCAGACGUGAAGCGUUCAGGAGGAGGCUACAUCGUCGUUGACCCCGUCCUUCGUGUCGGUGCAGACAACCACGUCCUGCCAUUAGACUGCAUCACCAUCCAGACCUACCUGUCCAAGUGUCUGGGACACCUGGACGACUGGCCGGACAGGCUGAGGGUGGCCAAGGAGUCCGGGUACAACAUGAUCCACUUCACCCCCCUGCAGACUCUGGGAGAGUCCAGGUCCUGCUACUCCUUAGCUGACCAGCUGACCUUCAACCCUGAGUUCAGUCCGGAGGGUCGGAGCUACAGCUGGGAGGACGUGGGGGCGCUGGUGGAGAAGCUGAGGACGGAGUGGAACAUGCUGUGUAUUACCGACGUGGUGUACAAUCAUACUGCUGCUAACAGUGUGUGGAUUAAAGAACAUCCAGAGUGCGGUUAUAACCUGGUGAACUCUCCUCACCUGCGUCCUGCCUGGGUGUUGGACAGAGCCGUGUGGCAUUUAACCACCAGAGUAGCAGAGGGACGCUAUAAGGACAAAGGACUGCCUGCAGAGAUUACCACUGAGAGCCAUCUGAAUGCCAUCCGCAGUGUGUUGUGGCAGGACGUUUAUCCUCAGAUCAGACUGUGGGAGUUCUACCAGGUCAACUUGGACCACGCCGUGGAGCAGUUCAGAAUCCUGCUGCAAAACGGAACUAAGCCAGAUCAUGGUAAGACUGAAGGGAAGAAGGGCCUGAAGAUCACACAGGACCCGUACUAUCGUCGUUUUGGAAACACGGUGGACAUGGACUCUGCUCUGGAGACCUUCGUACCUCACAGCUCCUCCCCUCAGCACAUCGAGGACUGCUGCGGUUGGCUGAAACAGAAACUGAAUGAGCUGAAUGAAGAACAGCAUCAGAUCAUCCACCAGCAUCAGGAGCAGGCUGCCAACUGCAUUGUGGGAAACGUGCUGUAUGAACGUCUGGCCAACCACGGCCCCAAACUGGGUCCAGUUUCCAUGAAGAACCCUCUGGUCACCAGGUAUUUCACCUUCCCAUACCAGGACAUGACUCUGGAGCAGGAGCUGCAGCUGCUCGACCAGCCGGACAAAACGUCGCACUUCCUGGCUCACAACGGCUGGGUGAUGGGCGACGAUCCGCUGCGCAACUUUGCUGAACCAGGCUCCAACGUGUACCUGCGUAGGGAGCUGAUCUGCUGGGGCGACAGCGUGAAACUCCGCUACGGUAAAGGACCAGAGGACUGUCCAUACCUGUGGGCUCACAUGCAGAAAUACACUGAAAUCACAGCCCAGUAUUUCCACGGAGUCAGACUGGACAACUGCCACUCCACACCGUUACAUGUUGCUGAGUUCAUGCUGGACGUGGCCAAAAGAGUGUGUCCUAACCUGUAUGUGGUGGCUGAGCUGUUCACCGGCAGCGAGGAGCUGGACAAUGUCUUUGUUACCAAGCUGGGAAUCACAUCACUCAUACGAGAGGCCAUGUCGGCUGGAGACAGCCAUGAAGAAGGCCGGCUGGUGUAUCGUUAUGGAGGAGAGCCGGUGGGAGCCUUUGUUCAGCCCAGCCUCCGCCCACUGAUGCCCUCCAUCGCUCACGCCAUGUUCCUGGACGUAACCCACGACAACGAGUGUCCCAUCCAGCUGCGUUCAGCUUUGGACUCUUUGCCCAGUUCUGCUAUCGUUUCUAUGGCCUGCUGCGCUACCGGCUCCACCCGAGGAUACGAUGAACUAGUGCCACAUCAGAUCUCUGUGGUGAAGGAGGAACGGUUUUAUCCCAAGUGGAACCCCUCAGCAGCCCCGACCUCCACCGGUGAGGUUGGAUUCCAGUCCGGCAUCAUCGCAGGAAAACGAGCUCUGAACAAACUGCACCGGGAGCUGGCUGCUCAGGGAUUCAUGCAGGUGUACGUAGACCAGGUGGAUGCAGACAUCGUUGCUGUUACUCGUCACUGUCCCAGCACCCACCAGUCUGUUGUAACUGUGAGCAGAACCGCCUUCUGGAACCCCAAAACCCACGAGUACGACGCCAACGUCCCGCCCAUGUUCAUACCUGGGAAGAUCGAGGAAGUGGUGCUGGAGGCGAGGACGGUGGAACGGGAAGCUGGGAGUUAUCAGAAGGAUGACGGCUACAUCAACGGGAUGCCAGAAUACACUGUGGAAAUAAAAGAGCACAUACCGUUGGAGGAGAGCACGGUGGUGAAACGGGCCGGAGUGACGUCUAAAGGACGCUCAGAGUUUGUGCAGGAGAUCGUCUUCCAGAAGCUGACCCCCGGCAGCGUCAUCGCCUUCAGAGUCAGUUUGGACCCUAAAGCCCAGAAGGCGGUGGGGAUGCUGAGGUACUAUCUGUCCCAGUUCAGCCCAAAGUACAGGAGAGGCAGCGUGGCCGAUGAGAACCCUCCAGACGCUCUGCAGAAACCUCUGGCACAGCUGAUGAUCAAGCUGACCUUAGCAGACAUGAACGUGUUGCUGUUUCGCUGCGACGCAGAAGAACAGGAGGAUGGAGGAGGAUGCUACAACAUCCCCGACUGGGAGAGCCUGAAAUACGCAGGACUGCAAGGUCUGAUCUCAGUGCUGGCUGACAUCCGUCCCAACAACGACCUCGGCCAUCCGCUCUGUGCCAACCUCAGACAGGGAGACUGGCUGAUCGACUUUGUCUCCAACAGGCUGAUCCACAGAGAAGGACCGCUGGCACAGGUGGGUCAGUGGAUGGCUGCCAUGUUUAACCUCCUGAAGCACAUCCCUCGUUACCUCAUCCCCUGUUACUUCGACGCCAUCCUGGUGUCCACCUACACCACGGCCCUGGACGCCACCUACAAGCUCAUGUCCAGCUUCAUCCAGAACGGCUCCAGCUUUGUCCGUCACCUGGCGCUGUGUUCGGUCCAGAUGUGUGGUGUCGGACGCUUCCCCGCUCUGUCGCCGCUGUCUGCUAAACUAGACGGCGUCCCGUAUCGCAUCGGUCCAAUCACAGGCCAGAAGGAGCAGUGCUGCCCCUCCCUUUCAGCAGGUCUUCCUCAUUUCUCUGCUGGGAUUUUCCGUUGCUGGGGCAGAGACACUUUCAUCGCUCUCAGAGGAGUGAUGAUCAUCCCUGGAAGACACAUCGAGGCUCGGAACAUCAUCCUGGCCUUUGGCGGUACUUUACGUCACGGUUUGAUCCCCAACCUGCUGGGAGAAGGUCGCUGUGCCAGAUUCAACUGCAGGGACGCUGUGUGGUGGUGGCUGCAGUGCAUCCAGGACUACACCGUCCACGUUCCCCAAGGACAUGAGAUCCUCCUCUGUCCUGUGACCCGCAUGUAUCCUACUGAUGACUGUGAACCCUGCAGACCUGGAGAGGUGGAGCAGCCUCUGUAUGACGUGAUCCAGGAGGCUCUGCAGCGCCACCUGGAGGGAGUUUCCUUCAGAGAGAGAAACGCUGGACCCAAGAUCGACAUGAAGAUGAGAGAUGAAGGCUUCAACGUGGUCGCUAAGGUGGAUCACUCCACGGGUUUCGUGACCGGAGGAAACCGCUUCAACUGUGGAACGUGGAUGGACAAGAUGGGAGAGAGCGAGAGAGCGAGGAACAAAGGCAUGCCGGCUACUCCCAGAGACGGAGCAGCAGUGGAGAUCGUUGGUCUCAGUAAGUCAGCAGUCCGCUGGGUUGUGGAGCUUCACGCUAAAGGACUGUUCCCUUAUGACGGAGCUAAAGUGGCCACCAAUGGUGAUACAGGCUUCAUCUCGUACUCCCAGUGGAACCAGCAGAUCCAGCAGAGCUUUGAAGCAGCGUUCUGGGUGUCUGGAGACCCAGACGACCCCAACGAGAAGCACCCCGACCUGGUGCACAAGAAGGGCAUCUACAAGGACAGCUACGGAGCCUCCAGCCCCUGGUGUGACUACCAGCUCAGACCCAACUUCCCCAUCGCCAUGGUGGUGGCUCCUGAGCUGUUCUCAGUGGACAAGGCCUGGAAGGCUUUGGAUGUGGCUGAGAAGAAACUACUGGGACCACUGGGAAUGAAAACACUGGACCCUGACGACAUGGUGUACUGUGGAGUGUACGACAACGCUCUGGAUAACGACAACUACAACCUGGCAAAAGGCUUCAACUACCACCAGGGACCGGAGUGGCUGUGGCCCGUCGGAUACUUCCUGCGAGCUAAACUCUACUUUGCCAGGAAGCUGGGAGAAGAAACGUACACCAAGACAGUGACUCUGGUGAAAAAUGUUCUGUCCAGACAUUUCACUCACCUGGAGAGGUCUCCAUGGAAGGGCCUGCCGGAGCUGACCAAUGAGAACGGCCAGUACUGCUCCUUCAGCUGUGAGACCCAGGCCUGGUCUGUGGGCACCAUGCUGGAGGUUCUCUAUGACCUGUAGAGGAGCUCUGACUGCUGUUUCUGUGCUGCCUCCAUGUGACUGACUGGUGGAUAGUUAGUCCUCUUGUCACGUUUAACAUUCACCAGCAUCGUCUGUUCCUAAAACACAGCCUGCACCACAUCCAGCACAUUCACAGUUUGGACACUUUAGGCUUUUAGAAUCCUCUGCUGUGAAUCUGAGGAUCAUUUUCAGGUGGAAUUCUCUAAAAACACGGUUGAGGUUCACUGACUGAUAUCUUUGCUCACAGGUUGCAUGAAAAGCUUAGAUGUGUUGUAUUUCCAGCAGAACAUCUGUUCCUGGAUCCCAAAUGCAGCACACCGCCCAUUAGAGCUGCUAUUUGACCAGUAAAUAGACCCAGCCGGUCCCACAGCCACACGUUUAUACCUUCUAUAUACAUUAAUAUAAGGCAGACAUGGUUCUUAUCGAGCAUUAAAUGAUCAUAAACUGAUCCCAGAACUGUGAUAGGUUAUCUGUUACAGGUUUCAGAUCAACACCAGCCCCUCAGCAGCUCAGAAAACAGAAAAAAAGGGCUGAACUUACUUUUAGCUGACUUCUAACCCAUCAAAGAACAAGUGUUUUGUACUAAUGAUGUGUUUGUGUCCCUUUGUGCGUUUAAAUCCUACCUCUGACCGUCAGCCUCCACCUACAGAACUCCUGAUGAUCAGAAGCUGCUCUGAGUUCUUUCUGCAGCCUUCCUAGAUCUAAUAAACGGUCUUCCACAGCUUCCCUCAGCCUCACCAUGCCCUCAUAUUUCUGCUCCACCAUCGUCUUCACGUUGUGUGUUCCAGGUUUGUGCUUGGAUGUCGUUUCUGGUGCUAGUGUGUAACCGUGUUGUGCAUCUACUCAUGACCUCCACCAAACACGUUUUCCUCUCAGAGAGAAGCAGCAGAAUAGAAAAGACUUUUAGGUGAAUCUAAAGAGAAAAGCUCAGAACAGUCGCUGUGUGUCUUUGAACAGCUCCACUGGUUCCAUCUGUUCUGUUUUAAACUUCUAUGUGGUGAACGGUGGUGGAGCGUUCAGUGAAAACUGCUGUAACUUAGACUCUCUGUCACGUCGUCUGUAAUGUUUCCUCGUAGCCGCAGACAAAGCAACACUGAAUAAACUGUUACACGAG